GUGGCCUUGCCUGCUCAUCGUCCAAGCCCAUGUCUAGUCCUCAUAUCCUCCUUCUGCUGGGAGUUGUCUUCAUCUUGCUUGGAAAGGGUUUGCAGCAGGCUAACAUGAGAACGAAAGCCAGUGAGACGCAGAGACGUGACUUUCUCGCGAGACCUCACGAUCCGCUCCGCUGCUCCCUUUGCGUUGUUGCUGGAGAGGGUUUGAAUCCUCUGUUGACGAAGAACAGUCGCCACACUGUUCUCGCCGCUUUACAUUCGUUUGUGUGCGCGCAAACAUAAGCCGCUCUACUACAGGAGUUCCGCGAAAGUUAAGCCGGCGCCAACCCCACGACCCAUCGCCACGACACGAACAGAGAAAAUGGCCACCCAGAAAGCUGAGCCGCAAUGGAAGAAGAAUCUAUCCGCCCACAUCAUCUGCCCCGAGUGCAAAGAGGUGCCCCCGAACCUCGAGUUCCCCGGCUCUCACGAAACCGUUUGUGGAUCCUGCGGGCUGGUGCUUGCUGAUCGAGAAAUCGACAUGCAUUCCGAAUGGCGUACAUUCUCGAACGAUGACCAGAACAACGAUGAUCCAUCUCGUGUCGGAGACGCAACGAACCCGCUGCUCAACGGUGACCAGUUGGAAACUCAGAUUGCCAGCGGUGGCUCGGGUCGAGUGCGCGACCUCUACCGCGCUCAGAACAAGCAGUCGAGCGAGAAGGCCAACAAGGCUCUCCUGGCCGCGUACAAGGAAAUUGGCGCGCUCUGCGACGGUUUCAACAUCCAGAAGAACGUUGCAGACACCGCCAAGUAUCUGUUCAAAAUUGUCGAUGACGCCAAGGCUUUCAAGGGCAAAUCGCAAGACGUGAUCAUCGCCGGUUGUAUCUUCAUUGCCUGCCGUCAAUGCAAGGUGCCUCGUACUUUUACCGAGAUUUUCGCUGUCACGAAGGUCACGCGAAAGGAGAUUGGACGCAUCUACAAGGCUUUGGAGAAGUUCUUCACGGCUCAAAACCUCGAGCGGAUCAACGCCGUGGUUUCGAGCGGUGGUGUCCCAGAUCCCAACGACACCUACACCGCGACCACCUCCACCAAGCCCAGCGAUCUCUGCAACCGUUUUUGCAACCUUCUCGAUCUUCCCUUCCAAGUUACCAGCGUCUCCUCUGCUCUUUCCGACCGCGUCACCACCAUGGGCGAUUUGGCCGGCCGUUCUCCUCUGUCUAUCGUGGCCGCCUGCAUCUACAUGGCUUCGUACCUGAUGGGCCACGGCAAGUCCGCCAAGGAGAUUUCGCAGGUGGCGCACGUCAGCGAUGGCACCAUCCGUGGCGCAUAUAAGCAGCUUUACGCCGAGCGUGAGCGCUUGAUCGAUCCCGAGUGGAUCAAAGAAGGCAAGGGUGACCUGAAGAACCUGCCCGCUAGCUAGAUUCAUGUCCUUCCUCCCUUUUUAACUGAAGCGAAAGCGUAAGGAAACCCCGGGCAGCCGCAAUCUGCCUUGAAAAUUGCUCUGA